AUGUUAAAAGACUUGAGAGCAUUGCGCCGUUGUUACACGUAUUUUUCUCCAACGAAAGGCUUCAGAAUGUCAUCCUCUUUGUCGGCUACUUUACCAGCGGUUUUGGAGAAAAGGAGACCACAGCAAAGUCCCGAAACUGACUACUCCACCUUAUCUAAUUACAAAGCCUUCCAGGUUAAACACUCGAGUUUGAACCUAGAAGUUUCGUUUGAAAAACAGAUUGUUAGUGGUACAGUGCAUUACAACUUGCAAAGUGUAGCUAAUGCAUCUCAAAUCCUGCUUGAUACUUCAUUUUUGGAAGUUUUCAAUGUAAGCAUUGAUGGCACUGCUGUCGACUUUAAAGUGGAGCCCAGAAAGGAACCGCUGGGAUCACGUUUGGUGGUAAGCUCAGCAGAUAAUACAUUGCCCGGCAAUUUCGAGCUUUCUUGUAGCUUCGCGACCACUGAAAAAUGUACUGCUUUGCAAUGGCUUCAAGGUCAUCAGACAUCUGGUAAACCAUACGUGUUUUCACAACUAGAAGCUAUCCAUGCGCGUUCCUUGUUUCCUUGUUUUGACACACCAUCGGUCAAAUCCACGUUUACAGCCAACAUUACGUCUCCAUUGCCAACGGUAUUUUCAGGCAUCCUGACAACUCAAAAAAAGACGUCUUCAGAACUGGAAACAUAUCAAUUUAAACAAAACAUCCCAAUUCCAGCUUAUCUAAUUGGAAUUGCUUCUGGAGACCUACAAGCGGCAGACGUCGGGCCCCGCUCAAAAGUUUACACGGAACCGUUUAGGCUUCAAGACGCACAAUGGGAGUUUGACGGAGACGUGGAAAAGUUUAUACAAGCAGCAGAGAAAAUCAUCUUUCCUUAUGAGUGGGGUACUUACGAUAUUUUGGUUAAUCCUAACUCGUACCCUUACGGUGGCAUGGAGUCUCCCAACAUGACUUUCGCGACACCUACAUUGAUUGCCCACGACAAGAGCAACGUUGAUGUGAUCGCACACGAGCUUGCUCAUUCGUGGUCCGGUAAUUUGGUUACCAAUUGUUCUUGGGACCAUUUUUGGCUCAACGAAGGCUGGACGGUCUACUUGGAAAGGAGAAUAAUGGGUGCCAUACAUGGCGAACCCGCCAGACAUUUUAGUGCGUUGAUCGGCUGGAACGAUCUUGCCAACUCGAUUGAUAGCAUGAAAAACCCGGAACGUUUCUCCACCCUCGUGCAAAACCUUAAGGACGGCACUGACCCUGACGAAGCGUUCUCUAGUGUACCCUAUGAGAAGGGCUCUACAUUUUUGCUUUACCUAGAGACGCUUUUGGGUGGGAAACAAGCUUUUGACCCUUUUAUCAAACAUUAUUUCACAAAAUAUCAACGCCAGUCCUUGGACACCUGGCAAUUCCUGGAUACUUUGUUCGAAUUUUACGCUGACAAGAGAAAGCCUUUGGAAACCGUUGAUUGGGAAAGAUGGUUCUUUACUCCAGGUCUACCGCCAAAGCCCGAACUCAUCACCACUUUGGCCGAUAAUGUUUUCGCAUUAGCCGAAAGAUGGAUUCUCAAAGCACAGGCCAGUCACAACAAGAAAGACUUUGAAGAAUCUUUUGCAGCAGACGAUAUCAAACAAUUCAAUUCCAACCAGAUUGUUUUGCUGCUUGAUACACUUGUCCAGGGUGUUCCUGGAACAAAAGCGCGUCCAACUUUAGCCUUCAACUGGUCCGAAAACCAAACCGCUGCGCAUGCCUUGUUGGACAUCUACUUUGACCGGACCGUAAAAUCGGGCAACGCAGAAGUUGUCUUCCGCACGUUCCGCUUCCAAAUCACCGCAAAAAUAACCGAGUCUUACGAGAAGCUGGCCCGCUGGCUAGCAACCGUUGGUCGUAUGAAGUUUGUGCGUCCAGGCUACCGGUUGCUCAACAGUGUCGACCGGAAUCUCGCUGUGAGCACUUUUGAAAAACUGAAAGACAUGUACCAUCCAAUUUGCAGAGCCCUUGUGAAGCAAGACCUAAACCUGUAG